UGAAUGGGACUAUGGGAGUGACUCUGAAACAUGACGCUCGUCAUGACCAAUAGGCGCACACCCACCCUGGUCUGGAACCACCUAGGUCUCCAAACUUCCGCAAACUUUUGAGUGUUUCCCUGGGUGGCGAGCAGCACAAAGAGAGCCCGGUUAACCUGAAAACCCCUUCACUGCUCUUUUCAAACACCGUGAGUUUGAGGGCGCAAUGGCGGCCAACCUACAGAAGCUGGUGGCGGACAAGAAGGACAUGGUGGAGACGGUGAUGGAGGUGUUCGAGCAGGGCGCCGAGGUGGUGGCCAGCAUGGCGGGCGACCUCUUCCCUAUCUUCUCCCUCGCCGCCCCCUUGGUGAAGCUGGCGCUGGACAACGUGGAGAGCAAGGAGGCCGCCUUCCUGACGGACCAGUUCAAGAAGGUCCGUGAGCGGCUGGAGGUGGUGUCGGAGCAGAACCAGCGCAUCAACGACGAGAUCAAGAAGAGCGGCGUGGACGCCGCCUACUUCUCGGUGGAGGAGAACAUCAGCAACCAGUUCCGGAAGUACAUGGACAUCCUCAACGCCAAGCCCAAGUUCCGCGAGGUGAAGAAGAAGACCUUCCUGGAGCACUUUGUCAAGUCGGGCGGGGACAAGAACCUCCACACCCUUUACAACGCCGUGACCGGGGAAAACUUCUCCGGGGAGUCGGUGCUCGCCAUCACGCUCAACUACAACGAGAAAAGCCGCAGGGUGAUGGAGGAAUUCUGCGCUAGGCUGAAGAAGCUCUUCUGCAUCGGCAUCAUCGCCCUGAUGGGCUUCACCGUCCUGAAGGACUCUGGCGACGAAGAGGAGAUCCUCGGCGAGUGGGGCGAGAAGAUGAAGGACGUGCAGGGCAAGAUGCACGCCGUCAUCGAGGACUGCAUCGUCAGCUUCCCCAAGCAAGCCGAGACGGACUGUCGUCGAUUUGUCAGAGACCACUCUGAGAUGACCAACCAGCAGCUGGCUGACGCCAUCAUAGACCAGCUGAAGAACAAGUUCGACUGGGUGUACUGGUCGGUGCGCAUAUUCAAGACCCCAACGGGCAUGUUUGCCCCCAAGGUCUUCCACUGUCCGACCGGAGAGAGCCGCUUCAAGGUGUCUGCCUCGGACGAAAAGCUGAACAUCAUGGUGUCCUACAGUGCCUCCCCGGAGCCCGUCGACAAGGUCCGCAUCCAGGCACUCAUCAUGAGCCAGAAGAAAAGCUCAGUGAAGGGCGUGGCGGAGAUGCUCUUCGAGACCCUGCCCGGGUCCUCCAUGGUCCACACUGUGAAGACCUCCAGGGAUCUGGCCUGCACAUGGAGCUUCUCUCCGGAGCUCCACUACUGGGACGAGCACGAUAAGUUAUCUGUGUGCGUCCACUCGGCGUGAUGCCCUUAGACCAGAGGGGGUCCGCCGUAGGUCACAGGGCGGCCUUAGUCCGACGAGUUUUGCACACACUUUGACAUUGCCGAAGACGAUCACUGCUUUAUGAUACAGGAGUUGUUUUGUGUGUUGGAUGUUAACAUGUUUCUCUUAGUUUCUGCCUAUCUUUCUACGCGUAUUAUAAAACAAGCACAUUAUAAUUGCCGUGACUCAAUAAUGUCCAUCUCAGCUACAGGCAUUUCAUACACAGGCUAGAUGCUGCCAAAUCAAAAUGCUUGAUCAAUAACAAUAUCCAAGUUUCAUUUGGUAGAAUUUGUGCUUAGACAAAAAGUCUAAUUUCACUACAAAUUCUGAAAGACCCAGAUGAAUAUCGUUUGAGUAAUGACACAAUCUUUCGACAAUAUUAUAUCGGUAAUUGCCAUGUAAGGUUAUUUAAUUUUGCUUUUAAUGUUUCCCUUGAGCAGAAGUGUUUUCAGAAUAGUCAUUACACUAGACUAGAGGGACUAGAGGAGGCAGUGUUGUUCCACAGGGGAGAGGCCAUGCGAGCGAUUCAUCCACCAUCUUUACGCAAUCAUUCCGAUGUUUAUCUUGCUCGCCUGAUUUGGUGGUGGGUGGAACGAGGUUGGAACGAGGGCACCACUCUGUAUGGGGACUUGGCCAGUCUGACGUCUGGGCCAUAGUUCCUAGUGUUGAAGUGCCACUAUUAAAAGAAACUGAAACUGCAAGCUAGAAACUUAUUUUAAGGCCUCUGAUCUGUUUUGGCAUUCAUAUCAUGCAGUCACUUUGCACUCAGGUCAGUUUAAAGUGUUUAAGGUGGGAUAUUUUCGUUGGUCAUAUAAUUAUAACCCAGGUGGGAAGAAAAAUACAUAUACAUAUUAACAUUUUUGUCUCAAAUGUGCUAUUAGUUUGUACUGCAUUUGUUGUUUUUAUACGCUUUUAAGGUUUUAUAACCACAAAACCUAUUCCCAGUCUGACUAACUUUUUUACUUUUUCUGAAUAGUAAUAUUUGUAUUUUCCUAAAGAGAAAGAAAAGCAAUAUGAAUUAAGUAUAAGUGUUUCUGAAUGAUUUAUUGUGAAGAUGACAGAUAAUCAAUGAGGAUGUGUAACCAUUUUGCCUUGAACAGAGAAAAGCAAAUCAAUAUAUGUUCCAACCGUCCAAAUAAAGCCAAUGCCAUUCUGUA